UAAGCUUUAAUAAGGGAUCACGUAUUAUAUUAAGUACAGUAAUUAUUUAAAUUGUGUUGCCCAAUUUAAGAAGAUCUGACAAUGAAGCAGCUGCAGCUUCAAUUCUUGAGCCACUACUGUCCUAGGAGGGAAGAGGGUGCAAACUCAGAACAAACACAAAUAAAGGAAAAGUAAAAAGAAGGCUCUUAUUUUCACACCAUUCUUUGCCAGGAAAACACACACACACACACACCUAGUCCAAUAGUCCAUAGAUUCAGACCCAGAACCCAAAAAAAAAAAGACAAGUUUUUUGAGGUUUUUUUGAGUAAAUUCAAGAAUGGUGUUGGUAACUGAAGAAGUGAUCAAGCAGUUGCAAACCUUAAUGGAUGAAAUUGCUGAGCCACUUCAGAAGACUUACCAGAAUGUACAUCAGGGGUACCGAACCGAGACACUGGUGAGGUUUCUCAAAGCUAGGGAUGGCAGUGUCUCUAAAGCACACAAGAUGCUUGUUGACUGUUUAAAUUGGAGGAUAGACAACGAGAUUGAUCAGAUACUUGCAAAGCCAAUAUUACCCACUGAUUUGUACAGAGCAGUGAGGGACACUCAGCUUGUGGGGAUGUCUGGAUAUUCAAGAGACGGUCUUCCUGUCGUAGCUGUUGGUGUAGGGCUCAGCACAUAUGACAAAGCGUCGAUUCACUACUAUAUUCAGUCACAUAUCCAAAUGAAUGAAUACCGUGACCGUGUAAUAUUGCCUUCUGCAUCAAAGAAAUUUGGGCGGUAUAUUGGGACCUGUAUAAAGGUUUUGGACAUGACUGGUCUAAAGUUUUCUGCACUGAACCAAAUUAAGGUAUCUUUAAUUUGUUUGACAUUGUAAAUAUAUUUCAUUGAGACUUCCUACCAAAUACCUGCUAUGUUAUUUUCCUUCUCACCGCUUUACUCGGCAACCUCAUUAUUCUGCUUAAAAUUUUCAUUUGAGGCUAUCUGAACUUUAAAAUUGAGUAAAGAGUAAUGAGAGUGGGAAAUACAAGGAAAAAUAGGAUGGAAGUAAAAGAAAAUCCUGUCCAGCAGAGAUCACACUGAAAUAAACUGUCAGAACGUCUUGGUUUUGAAGUUGUUGUUUUAUAGUGGUAUCAUCUUUUUCUAGUCAAAACUCCUCCUGGAUAUAUUGAUUAACUUAUUUCUGCAUUCGUCGUCCACAUUGCUAUUUCUUGUUAAGUUUGAUAAGACGUUCAAUUUUCUCUCUUUCUCCAAAUGAAGAUUAAGUUCAAGUUUCAGGGGUAAAUAUACUCUUCUGAGUGCAUUAGUUCAUUUGCUAAAUAUUGCUAUUCACAAAAUUUUAACUUCUGAAAAAGAAAAUUGUAAUCAUCAAAUACUCAAAUGACCUAAAAACCAUAUAUAAUAGAACAUCAAGAAAAGUGUUUUGUGGGUGCUUGAGAAAGAAAGGGAUUCGCAUCAAAUACAUAAUGUUGGAAAGAUAUGAUCGAGGAAACGGUCACAAGUGCAAGACCAAUAGGAGGAGGUUAUAGAGGACUUCUGGUGAGUUUACACCAGGGAGAUACCUUGAACCCACACUUCUUUAUUCUUGGAUGAGCUAUUGAAUAGUAUGCAGGAUGAGGUUUUAUAGUGCAUGGUAUUUGUAGAUGAUAGUGACAUAUUGUGUUGAUUGACGAGACUAGCUAGAAAGUCAACCUACAGCUGAAUAUAGAAAAGUAUUCUAGAGAAUAAGGCUUUUAGGACAAGUAAGGUAAGACAGAAUAUUUGACGCUACAAGUUUAGUCAUUCUAAGAAGAAUGUAGGUGAAGUGCGAUGUAGGUAAUGGGGCCUAAAUACGGACAAUGCAAAUACUUAAAGCUGGGUCUUGUAGGAGAAUGGCGUGAUAGAUGAAAAUAUAGUAUUUAAGUUAAAAUUGGAUAGCCGAAAUGGAGUGUGAUGAGAUAGGAGGAUUUUAUGAAACCAGCAACCUUAUAUGGGAGUGAGUGUCGGGUUUCUAAAGCCCAACAAAUCAAUAAAAUGAUUGUCAUAGAAAUACAAAUGUUAAGAUAGAUAUGUGGCCAUGCAAAAUUAGAUAAGACUAGAAAUGAGCACUUCUGAGAGUGUGCAAAUAGCAAACAGAAGAUAAAAUGAGAGGUCGCAUGAGAUGGUGCGACAAUAAUGAUUGAAAGUUCUGGAUCAGCUAGCAUCCACCUGGAUUAAUCCACCGGGUGCCUGCUGCCUCCCACCAACACAGGCACUAGAUAUAUCUGCCCACCAAGACUUAGGCAGUGGGUAGAAAUAGCUUUUAGUUGAAAAAAUGAACUACUUAGGGUGUGUUUGCUAUGGAGGAAAAUGUUUUCCUCGAAAUGAGUAGUUUUAUCGCUUAUUUUUCCAUGUUUGGUUGGUGAGUGGAAAACUUUUUCCGAAAAAUAUUUUUUAGUGUUUGGUUAGUGAG